UUUCUUCUUUUUCAAAUCCACCCUGCAGGAAUGCCCUCUUCACGGGAUUUUAGAUCCUGUCCUCUGAGCAGCGCUUCAGGAAUCGCAUGCCAUGUGCUGAGCAGACAACCUCGCAGGGCACAGCACUGCGCCGGAGAGCUCAUUCAUCUUGCUUUAGAUGUGACACAGGAACUCAAUCUGCCCUCACUGUACAUUGCUGACUUUUAUGGGACUGCUCUAAUGUAACACAAGGGCAGAUGCAACCUACAAGAAUUUAAGAUAUUUCAAACCAGAACUAACCAAAAGCACUUACAUACACUUUAAAUAAGUUGCUACUGAAAUCCAAAGAUUUGGAGAAUGAAGCUUGGUUCUCACUAAGGCUUUUACAUUUCCGAAGGGAUGCAAAACAAGAGGAAAUAAAAACACUGAAAUACAGAAAAGAAAAUCCACUGAUAAUAAAUUGCUAGGAAACAGGACAUCAUCUCUCAAAUAUGGAGUUUUAAAGUGUUCAAAAAACAAAGUUAAGCCACAUGACUUAAGAAACUGAAAAAAUACUUUCUCUACAUAGAUACCAGUGCCAACGCUUUGAACUGCACAGUGCUGCACCCAUCCCCGGCUUCCAGGGCACCCGCAGGACUGACGGAUACCGUGGGCACACCAUUCCCAACGGGGGCAGGCAGCACACCAAAAAUACAUCCUUCAAGGACAUUCCAGGGCCCCAAGGGUGUUGUUACAGCCUGUAUAAGACAUCUUUGAGCAAGUUGCUUAAAGAAAUAUGUAGGUCAAUGCUCAUAUGUUGAACAGUCACAACUAAAAAAAACCAAAAAAGGAUCCUAAUUGAGCUAAAUGAUCCCAACACAGCCUACUUGAGACUCCACUGCAGACGAAGUUCAGCAUAACGCCCAUGCAGAAUUAUACUUUCUGCGGCUUGCACCUCUCCACCCUCUUGCUGCCGUUACUGCUGGCCUUCGCCAACAACAGCGCAUCGCUCUGUUCAGCCAUCGGGCCUCCAACUCCACGUCGGGCCUGCCGCUGCUCCUCUUCCUCAACUACGCUCCUCUUCCCAACUCCGGAUGCUCUGCUGGAGGUAUAAAGAAAUCCUGCUGGUUCCACUGGGGAAACAGUAUCAUCCCUGCACUGAACGUUCGCUGCAGCACAAAUCCUACCCUUCUUCUGGCUGGUUCUCCCUGUUUCUUUGACAGGGAAACCAUCAUCCAGUCAGGAGGAACAAGCACUUGAGGCGAAGCACUUGCAGACCAGUCUGACACAGAGAAAGCAGAGCUGGGGCAUACCCAGUGUUCAGAACAGCAGCAGCUGUGCUAUUAAAUAUCUAAAUCACUGUCCUAAGCCAUGCUGAAAGGGAGUCCUCAGAAAAUGAGUGCACUCAGAGUUUACAAGUAUUUCAAAAAUAAGGGGCCUUGAAAAACAGAUAAAUAUAACAGCAGCUAUAAUAUAAUAAAUAUAUAAGCAGAUAAUAAAAUAACUCCAGUUAAUGAUCUUGCUUGUAAUCAGACCAGUAAAGCAAAUCAAAACCAUAAAACCUGGGUUAAAAAACACACAUACACACGACUUAGGCAAUGGAACAAAGAUAAUUCUGCAAUUAUUGAUCUGAACAAUAGCUAGCUGACACCGUGCUGUCUCUUUAAGGAGCACACAGCUGCUCAGUACUACAAAUUUUAUGCUUAUAAGGAUACUGCCUUUUCCUUAUUUCAUCCUUAUAGCCCUCACUUCUUCUCCCUUCCCCUUUUGUGCAGUGACCUCUGAACUGCCUGGUCAGAUCAUACGCUUUGUGGGCAGGGACGUGUCAUACAUACGCGACUGCAAUGCACGCAGGGUACCUAUGCUUCUGUAAUCAUACCCGUGUGACUAUAUAGCUUUGCUUUUAACAAGCACCAUCAAGCAAACCGAAGCUAAACAAAGCUCAGUAGCUGGAAUGACUGUGUAAUUUAAACACAGUAGUUACAUGUGGAUAGCUAAAGAGAUCGCUAUAGUCUAAAAGACUUCCGCUAUCUCAUGAGUGCAAUUCUUUUGUAACCCAAACGUACUGCGUUCUUAACCAAACUCUGCAUCAACUAUGAGGUGAGCUAACAUCUAAAGCUCCUAAGCUACUGGGAGAGGUGAUUACUGUUAGAGUGCGCUGCAUCCCCUACCACGAUUGCUCAGGAGGUGGUCAGAGGUAUGAUGAUACAGCAGGCAACAGAACUGAUAGGCAAAGCGCGUGGGAGGGUUGAAGCAGCUGCUUCUCCCAGAUACCAGGCUCAAAUCUGACAGGCUCUGAGCAUCCAGAUUCCACUCAGUUAAAUGUUUAAGGACAUCCUUAAUACACAGGAAACGAGUUCAAAACCACUUCACAUUUACAGUAACUAUAGCCUUACGCAUUUGUUGCGUGAAGCAAGAAUGCUCCGCACGCCUGGCUUUCCCCUCUUCCCUUUUCAGAUGUUUCCAGCAGUUCUGUGCAGCUGAAGCGGUGACACACGGUGACACACUGUCACUUUAAGAUGAGUUUGGAGGGUGGCCAACAAGGAAGGACAGACACAUCCGGUUCAGAGGUAGCGCUGGCCAGAUCGGCGCCGGGAAGUACCUGUAGCGGCUGCGCUGGGCUCCAGCUCUCUGCACCGAUGGUCCUCGUCUCCUGUCUCCGGAGAUGCGUUCAGCUCGUCAUCUUGCCCGUAUAUAUCCUUGCCUACAUGGGUUUAUGGGACUCCUUCUAUAAGAAAGUUUUUCCACGUAUCAUGGCCAAGCUUGCACCAAUGUACAACCGUAAGGUCUACAAGGAGAAACAAGAGCUGUUCAGCAACUUAAGAAAAUUUGCCGGCCCUUUGGGCCAGCUCAGGUUGUUGGAAAUUGGCACAGGCACUGGCACCAACUUCCAGUUCUACCCACCAGGCUGUCGGCUUACAUGCACCGAUCCUAAUCCCAAUUUCAGAGAGUUCCUCCUCAAGAGCCUCUCGGAGAACCCGCACCUCCAGCUUGAACAUUCAGUGGUUGCUUCUGGGGAGAAUCUGCAUCAAAUAUCGGAUGGCACCAUGGACGUAGUGGUGUGCACCUUAGUGCUGUGCUCUGUAACCAAUGUCAGCAAAGUCCUGAAAGAAGUUUUGCGAGUGCUCAGGCUGGGUGGAGCAUUUUACUUUUUGGAGCACGUGGCUGCGGAUCACUCCAGCUGGACCUACUUUUGGCAGAAGGUCUGUGACCCGGUCUGCAAGUGUUUUGGAGAUGGGUGUUCCCCAAGCAGAGAGACACAGAAGGAGCUGGAGAAAACCAACUUCUCAGAACUGAACUUGAGGCGCAUAUAUGUCCCACCACGCUGGAUUCCUACCAGUCCUCAUAUCAUUGGAUAUGCAGUAAAAUAAAUGACCACGAGCACUGCAGGACACAGAACGUCCCUUCAGCAGCUCCUUUCACACUUUUUAUAGAGUAUUUUUCACUCGCCCUUAUUGGGCUGUUUAUUCAGGGAAGUGCCCAUUAGAGCACCAGUUCACUACGCAGAGCUUUCACUGGCCAUUAGAUGCUAAUGCUGUCAGCCUAGAUUUAACUUACAACCUACAAAGCAAAAACCAGAACUUCUCCUUACCCUGGGAGAAAGCUGGCAUUCGUUGAAUCAGGUGGCAGAAAUCUCAUCUCAGCUGUGAAAUGGUCACUGCUAAGCCAUGCUCUUACAGCCCUUUUGUCAUGCUCUGCUAAGAAGUUAAACCUUUGCUUAAACUCUUCAUAAUCUACUCUCCCUUCAGUCCAGAUUACACCUUUAAGGUACCAAGUCUUUUUUAAAAGCCCCAUGUUUCAUUAGGAAUGUUUUCCAGUUAAAUUCCCCUAGGACGUCAGGAGAAGGUGCUACUAUCUUGGCCACUGUUUAACCUUCUUUUUGAUUUCCCACAGUAAAGCAUCUAAGAAUUAAAACCUUGUGCAAAUGAUUUUUAAGAAAAGAAUGCACUUAACGCCUCUGUUUUGUGCUCCACGCACAUCCAACUGGUCUACACAGAAAGUACAUCUGAAGAGAUUCCCACUGUUUAGAUUUGUUUCUCUAAUGUAGUUACCACACGGCAAGGUAUGACAGCAGAGUUUGGUAAUAAAGCAGUCUAACAACGCU